AUGGAAGAUGAAUUUACAUCGACCUCUGAUAAAUCUGAUAAAUCACUUAGUAGCCGUUUAAAACGUUGCCUUCAAGCGCAAAAAACACAUUGGUUAAUCUUAUUUCUCGUGACAAUUGAUUUUUUAUGUUUCAUGACGAUGAUAGUUUUAUCUUUUCUUUGGGCAAAUAUUGAACGAGAACAACAUUGGAUAUUCGAAACAUUAACAAUUAUAGCGUUCAUUAUAAACGUAAUUUUCUUAAUUGAAAUCACAUUAAGUUUUAUUGUAUUCGGAUUGUCAUAUUUCACAAAAGGUCCACAUUGGUUUUUCCAUAUAUUUGACGCACUUUUGGUUUUUACUACGUUUUUUUUAGAAAUAUUUUUACACGGAAAACAACAAGAAAUUGUAGGAUUAUUUAUCAUACUUAGGUUUUGGAGGUUGAUUAAGGUAGUUGGCUCCGUUGCUAUUGGAAUCGCUAAAGAGGAUAAUUGGAAUGAUGAAAGAAUGGAAAAAGUUUUCCAAGGAAAAGACGUUAAAUUGGUCACUAGAUCUAGCUAA